GAAGAGUUGUAACCAAGUGUAAGAAAGAAGUCGAGGCGUACAAGUGAAACGAAAGUUACAAACAAACUAUAAUACAAGGCGUACGCAGUCUUCACGUCUUCUCUCCCAUUCCACCUGUCCUCGAGGGAGGACGCGAGCGAGGAGCAGCAGAAGAAGAAGCAGCGGAUCCGGCGGCGGCGGAGACAGCGGGCGGCGAUGGACGUGCGGCGGAGGCAGCGCGCGGCGAUGGACAUGGUCAGGAGGAGGAAGAAGUGGGUCGCGUGGGCGGCGGCGCUCACCAUCUUCGUCGUGCUCAUGCUCGUCACCCCCGCCAUCCCACAGAACGAGGACUACCACGACUUCGCCGACCAGCGCCGCCUCUUCCUCGGGAUCCCUAACACGCUGAAUGUGAUUUCAAACAUCCCCUUCUUUUUCGUGGGUGUUGUUGGGCUCAUCUUGUGCCAUUACAAAAACUUCUUCAGGCUAAACUCGCAAGGGGAGCUCUGGAGUUGGACACUCUUCUUUGCUGGUGUGACUGCUGUUGCUUUUGGUUCAUCUUAUUAUCAUCUCAACCCCAAUGAUGCCACACUAGUUUGGGACAGAUUACCAAUGACUAUUGCUUUCACAUCUGUCAUGGCCAUUUUCAUUAUUGAGAGGGUUGAUGAUAGGGCAGGAACAAAGUCCCUAGCACCUCUUGUUAUUGCUGGUGCACUGAGCAUCCUGUAUUGGAGGUUCUAUGACGAUCUUCGCCCAUAUGCAGUUAUUCAGUUUGUUCCAUGCAUUGCAAUCCCUGUGAUGGCUAUAGUAAUUCCCCCAAUGUAUACACAUUCAAGCUACUGGCUGUGGGCAGCAGGAUUUUACCUCCUUGCUAAAGUAGAAGAGGCUGCAGAUAAACCUAUCUACAAAUGGACCCAUGGAAUUGUUAGCGGUCAUACCCUUAAGCAUCUAGCUGCAGCAAUGGUACCUGUUUUCUUGGCAGUCAUGCUGGCGAAAAGGACCAUCGAGCCAGAAAGGGUAAGCUUAUUCCAGAAAUGGAAGGUCAAGCUGAUUACUGUCAGGGAGAGUCGAUUCAACCAGGACAGGAACACAGUUAACUACAACUACACUGCCGUUUCCACUACCACAUCUGAAGCAGAGCAAUAGAUGUAUGCCUUUUUUUGUCUGUCUUCAUACUACAUGCGAGGAAAAUGGCACUGGGUGCACAGAAACUAGAUCAGUGUACAAACGUACGAUACAACACGAGACGUGUGACAGUGACACGUGUCAUCGCUGCUAAUCAGAACUCAUGGUGCUAAUCAGAGGUAUACAUAUAUGUGUAUCAGCGUGUCCAGAGACUUUUGCCCUAGUGACCAACUCAGUUGAUCAACAGUGAAAUCUCCAAGUUCUAUUCUCAAAACUUUUUGUACGUACAUGAUCCUUCCUAAAUCUUGUGCAUAUUACUCUUUAACUCAUCAGUAGUAGGUAGGAUCUCCU